UUUGUCUGCUUCAAAGGCAGCCUGCAGGAGAACCGCAAAAAAUACACAGGAGGGAUUCAUUCUUUGCCUCUUUUCAGCCAUGGCGGCAAAGAGCCCUCACUGGCACAGCUACCUUAAGGUGAUCCUGUCCCGUGAAAAUCAGAGAGUGGAGCAUUUCCAGAAGGCAGAAAACACUUUGUUGGUUGUCUUGGAAAGAGUCAAUGCAAUGGACCCCAGGUUUACAGUGGAGUAUUCAAGAAACCUGGAAGCUUUAGAGUUUGCCUUGUGUGCUGCGGAGGAUGAAGUAACCAUGCAGGUUCCCUUGUGUAUUGAUGCUGAUGCUAUCUUGAUUGAGGAGAGUUCAGGGGAGCAGAAUGGCUCUGAGACUGUUAACCAUGGGAACUGCCAAAUGCCAGGGACUUGCUGUAUCAGAGUAGCCAAGGAUGGCUCUCACCUAAAAAACUGGACCCAAGAAGAUGUAUUCAGUGUGGCAGAGACCGAUGAAUCCAGUGGUCACAUUGUGCCAGGCAAGGUCCUUUGUCUCCUGAAAGAACUGCUCGUUGCUGCAAUUGUUCACUGCAAGCAUCACUCCCUCAUCAGACCAGGUGAACUUAGUGCUGAGAGGCUAAAAGAUGAUGACAUACAGUUGCCUUUACUGAUAUCCAGUGGUUGGAAAAUGAUCCGUUUUAACAUUGUUCCUGUAAUAAGAAGAAAACAGAAUGCUCUGAAACUCAGCAACUGUUGGCAAGAAAAGGGAUUUCCACAAGGCAAUGUGAACAAAGUCAUUCAGGAGGCAGAGUUCAUCCCUGCUAGUUAUUAUCAUUGGAGGUACUGCACCAAUCGCCCCAUCCUCAAACUUGUCCAAAUUGUGAGCAACCUAAAGGGGCACUAUCUGGACAGUCUCCGCCUCCUUGUCCAAGUCAACCAUGAGAACUGGAAAGAAGAAGGCAAGAAAAAGGGGCUUACAUCUCACCAUUUGGAGAUGGUGUUGCUCUGGGCCACUCACCUUUUCCCUUCACCUGAAGACUGGAUAUCUCUGGAGGGGUCUGUGUAUCGUCUGCUGGUGGUCUUGCUUUGCUGCUUGGUGACAAAAGAUCUUCCCCAUUUCCUGUAUCCCGAGCAAAAUCUGUUCCAAAAUGACAGUGUGGACCUUAGUAAUUUGUAUCCUAAAGUGGAGAACUUUGCUUGCACUCCAGAGCUCUUCUUGAAAUUCCGUUUUGCCACAAGAGGAGGCAAUACAUACAAGCAAAUGGACAAUGGUCUCAAAACCUUGCUUCAUCUUCCAGCUGAAGAUAAGUCCUACUGGAACACUGCCUUCUUUGAUAUGCUGCUUAAUAAGUUUCAGAUGUAUCAGAUUAAGGACACAGAGCGGACUACUGCUAUGUCAAACAUCCUGUCAAAAACCAAGAAAAUGGUGAACAACCAGCAUUGAAAAGCCUUUCCUUGACUGGAUGGAUGUAUUUCAGUGAAGUUAAUUUCCUGUCAUCAAAAUUACUCUUUGCUGUGGACUUGAGUUUCUUAUUUUCAUCACCAUGAGUUUGACACCAAAAAUGUCAACUUGUGACCUUCAUCAGGUGAAAAUCACCAGGUGGCAAUUCCAUCAUUAGAAAAAAUGAUCCAAUUUCCUAUCUUUUUGUAGAUCACAUGAAUGCACACAAUGUUCUCAUUUUCUGUGUAUAACUGUACUCUAACAAAGUGGUGAAAAUAUGUUCUUCAGUCUCAGCAAGAAAAUGCAAGACUGUAGAAUAUUUCAAGGAAGAAGACAGACAACUUCAAAAGUGGAGUGGUUUUCAUUUACCUUGUCUUUGCACUAGGCUGACUUUAGGGGUCUCCUGAAAACAUGGCUAACCAUCUAUGGGCAUUUCUGCAGACCUCCCUCCAUCCUUCUGUGGUUAGAGAUAAUUAUAUAUCAGAGAAACAUAUAUAGUUCAUAUAGACUGAUUACUUCCAGGGAUCUGCUAUUCCAGAAGGAAGGUUUAUAUCCCACACCUUUUCUGAGCCCCGUUUAAGCUCUGUCUGUGCAUGCCUAUAUACACAUUGAGACACUGAGAAACCACUCAUUUUAGCAAUUAUGAUUAUAUCUGUAAUAUUACUUGUCAUUUCGUUGCAAUUCAUUGUGAUUUGUUGCAUGCAUGGCUUUGUAAUCUAUGUUAGACUUUAUAGAGUGCUUGUUGUUUCAAAAGAAUAUAAUCUUCUGCACAUACAGAAUUCAAAGCACUAUAAUUUCAUAAACCAGUACUUUAAGCAUUUGGUUCAUGGAGCCUGGAGCCUGAGAAGAUGCUGGUGCUGGAGCCCAUUAAUGCCUAGUAACUCCCACAGCCAAUCUCUGAAGAAGUACCCAUGGAAGUAACUACUACUAUUCAGCCUGCAGAACAAGGGUGAGUUCCUCUGAGCAGAUUGAGGAACGUUGCUGCUGGCUGCAAUGUCAGUUCUAGAAGCUAUGACCUUGGACACUUACGAACUCUGAACUCUGGACUAAAGCUAGGACCUUGUCUUGUGGAUUCUGAAUCAACCUUGUACUCUGGAUCCUAAUUGGCUUACGACCCUGGAACAGACAUUCAGCUUCUCUGUUGUGUUAUCCUAUUAAUGUUUGCACCUCUAUGGACUAUCAGCUUGACCUGGAUUGUGGAUUCAUGGUCAAGGCUCCGGACAACUUGGACCAAAAUAUGUACAUAUUUAAAAUGCUUCCAAACAUUCCUAGUUGCUUCCAAGCAUUUUUCUACUAUAUUAAUUCAUAUUUGUUAGAAAGCAUCAAGUAUGAAUAUUGGCACCUGGUAAUUAAAUUAAUUCCCUCAUCUUUUCUUAUCCCAAUUUUGUUCUAGACCAGUGUUUCUUGAAUGGUGCUCCUCCACAUGUUUUGGACUUCAGCCCCCACAAUUCCUAACAGCUGGUAAGCUGGCUGGGAUUUCUGGGAACUGAAGUCCAAAACACCCAAAGGAGCACAGUUUGGGAAAUACUGCUCUAGACAUUAAGGUUUCCCUUGAAAUUAAGUGUAGUUGUGUCUAACUCUGGGGGGUGGUGCUCAUCUCCAUUUCUAAGCCAAAGAGCUGGCGUUGUCUGUAGAAAUAAAGAUUUUCCCUGACAUUAAGUCUAGUUGUGUCUGACUCUAGGGGUGGUGCUCACCUCCAUUUCUAAGUCAAAGAGCCAGCAUUGACUGUAGACACCUCAAAGGACAUGUGGCCAGCAUGACUGUAUGGAGCG